CCGGAAGUUGGCUGUGCAGUAAGGGCAUAGACAUAUGCAGUGAGGGGGUGAAAGGUUCCAGAGAGAGGCUCGCGAGGCGGGGAGAGUGCAGAGCUGCUCAGAGUGUGAGGCUGGACUCCCAGUGAGUAUAACUAACCCUGCUCACAGUAACAAAGCAACAUGGCCCGUGCCUUGCCCUGCUUCCUGCAGGUGCCACACAUUCAAUAAACACUGGGCAUGGAGUCACUGGUCCUGGGCCAUGAGCUGCAUUGCACCUUAUUAUUAUUAUUAUUAUUAUUUUAUUAAUAAUAAUUUAUUAUUUUAUUUUAUUAUUAUUACAAUGGGUGGACUAACAGACACGUCACUUCGCCCUAUGUGGACUGCAACUCCUUAGACUCUCAGCCAAGCAGGUGCAUGGUAGCCUAUUCAUAUCAUUAAGGCAGCUUUGCCAAACAGUGGGAUUUUUUUUUUUUGUUUAAAAAAUAAAAAAAAUGUUAAAACACCUAUUGGCCUUGCAAUUGUAAUUAUUUGAGAAUUCUUUAUUUUUAUUUUUUUAAACUAAUUAUCUGAGCUCUAUUUUACCUUUCCUGGUAUGCAAUAUUUCUGAAUCCAAUUUACUCUUUAGUGUAAAGAGGACAUGCUGUUGUAUCGUUAUACAUUUUGAUAGAUUGUUAUUACUGAGCAAAUGAAUUGAAAGCUGAAUUUAUUCAAAUGAAUGUUAUUCAACUUAUUAAGCAAAAUUCCUAUUCAAGGCUUGUUUCAGAUAGCAGCAUAACUGGAAUGCUGCCACAUUUGAGUGCAGUUUAGAAGUCUUCUUAUUUUGAAGUGUCUUGUAAGGGAUAUAUUAUUUUCAGUCUCUCUCUGUCUUCCACUAGAUCAGUGGUUCCCAACGUUUUUUUUAACCCUUGGUAGCCCAUUUCCAUACAUUGUACCCCUCCCAUUAGCAAAAUCUUUGUAAUUAAUAUAGUUGCAUUUUUUUCAAACGUAUACGUUUUUUUUUCUCUGUCCCAUAUCCCUCUUUUCUCAGCCUCAGGCUCUCCCUGCUUCUCCUCUGCCCCAAACGCAGACACACAUAUGGAUAUAUACACACACACACACACACAGAUGCAAACACUGACAUACAUACAGGUACAGAUGUACAAACACGAUGAUGCACAAACAUAUAAAAACACUGACAUGCAUACAGACACACAGAAACAUACAUAAAGAUACACACUCUGACACAUACAGGUACACAGAUACACUCUGACACACAUGCAGACACUGACACACACAUACAUACUGACACAAAUACAGAUACAGACAUUGUAUGUGUGUCAGUGUUUGCAUCUGUAUCAGUGUCUGUGUGGUUGUCUGUGUGUCAGGGCAUGUAUCUGUGUGUCAGACACACAGACACAUGCCCUGGCACACACCUUGAAACAGACGGACACACAAAUUGUGGCCAGCUUAAGGCACACCAGUGCAAUAAUCAUGAUGGAUUAUCUCAGCAAAGGAGUAGUGUUCACCAACCCCCCUCCCUGGUGCUGUGUGGGGCGUGCUGUGUUUGUGAGGGGUGCUCUGUGUGAGGGUGCUGUAUUUCUGAGGGGUUCUGUUUGUGUGUGUGUGUGUGUGAUGGAUUCUGUGUGUGGGGGGGGAAUAGAAGUAAUUCAUCAAAAAAUGUAUUAUAAAUAAACCGUCCCCUCUUCUUACCUUUUCCCCAAGGAAAAGGGACAUUGCUUGGUGAUCUGGUGGAGAUGAGCAGCACUCGUCUGGCUGCAGGUAGAGUUCAGUCCUCCUGUGAGAUCCUCUGAGCGUUACUGUGGUAACCCGCAGCAAAGCUCCGAAUCCCUCCCUCUCCCACCGGUUCAUGGAGGCACACACAGCAGGGCCAGCGCUCGGAUAGGCUAGCUGGCUCAGCUAGGGCUGGCAGGUUAGAUCCUGUGAUCUCUCCUGUCGGCCCAUGGCCAUUGCGGCACACAGGGCAUUUACACCUACACUGCGUUUUUAAUACUAUAGUGUUAGGAAUACACAUUCCUAGGACACUCCAGACCCUUAAGCACUUGCGCAUGCUGAAAAGAUUUGUUUGAGGGGUGUGUUUUUUUUUGUUGCUUUUUUGUUACAAAUUGUUUUGAAGUAGAAUGCAGAUUUGAAUUGUGUAUAUAUUUUGUGAUUUAUAUAUGUUUUUUGCUUUACUAUUUUGUUUGUGUUAAGUGACUUUAGUUUUCUUUUAUUUGAUGAAGGUUUACAGAGGAAAUUACAGCGGAAACCAAGACACUUAAUGUGAUUAAGCAUAUACCCUGCAAGUAAGUUUUUAGUAUGUGCAAUUUUAAUCAAAUAUGGGAAAAAAAACCUUUGUUUAGAACAUGUGCAAAAAAUGCGGUUGCAAGAUAGAAAAUGUUUUAACUAUAGUGUACACACCAGCAUUUGCAUAUAAUUACUAUUCAGAAAUAAUAAAUGUGGCGGACCGCCAAUAUAUCGCUGCCAUGGAUUCGAUUUAUUUAAUUUUUCCCCCCAAAUAAAACAGCUCCAAUAAUCCUGAAGUAAAAUAUCCCCAUACACAUGAGCUGACACUUAAUGCUGGGCGUAGAACUGUUUAAUGGGAACACAGUCACAGAAUUUAUACAUGUCACAAACUCCUGCUCUGUGCCUGAGAGAUGAUUGUCAGGAACUGUACAAAUGCCAUUAUCUCCAGGUACAGAAAAACAUAAUUUUCAAACACCCCAAGAGUACCCCCCAAAUCCAUAGAAAUCCCACAAAAGUCAGAUCCCUGGAUAGCCCUUAUCUGAGUGACCAUAAUAUCCAAAAAUCGCUCAAAUCUGUUCAUAGUUUUGAAUCGCUAUCACAGGGAACUUUUGACCAGCCUUCUAUGAGGUCGAAGCCCAAAAUAGUUACAGGGAAAUAGGGGCAAGAACCAGUCUCCAUUCGUGGGGGUUUUGUAUGAAAACCACAUAGUUCAUACGAAAUCUUUAAAAUAAAGAAUGCUCUCCUCAUUCGGUAGUUCAUAUCUCCUGAAGAGCGUUCGUACAGGUGGUAAGGAACUUGAAUGGGCAGCAGGUCUAUUUUCACCAGCACUCGCGGGGGUGCCUGGCUGAAAUCCAUUUCAGGCACUCGACGACCAAGUCCCGCUGCCUGCGUUUGGGAGACAAAAAUGGCCGCCAUCCAUACUGUCGUCCACGUGUGUUCGAUUGCACGAAAUGGUGGCCGCCCAGUGGAACAUUCUAAUAAUUGUUUUCUUUGCGGUUUUCAUACUGGAUACUUAGUUUUCCACGUUCUAAUGAGGUUCUGGGGUGGUCCUUGUUCGGGAAACGAACCAGGUUUGUACCAACAAAAUAAACUAAUAUCCAUAAACGAAAUGUGCCGAACCAAGUGAUGGGGUAUUCCUUCACACUCCAUUUUGCUAUUAAUAUUUAUAAGAAAUGUAGCAGGAACCAGGGAUUUCAAACUUUUCUCUCCUUGAUGUUGUUGACCUACAACUCCUAGAAUUCUUUGAAUGCAAUAGAUGGCCAGAAAAUCACAAGUUUUGUAAUUCAGCAACAUGCUUGGCAGGCAGAGUUUGUUGCAUGAUUUAGGUCCACCUGUUUCUUCUUCAAACCCAUUCUUCUAUGUUUGACAGUGCUGCCUACUGUCCACCUCUGUUGUGCAAAGAAUACUCACAUAAGUUGUGCACCUGCUAUACAAGUCCCUCAGCACAGGUAAAUAGCGCCUUAUAAAUUAUUCUGGCCAGCUCUGCACCCUAAACAUCCAUGUUAAUCAAACAUUCCUGUAUUACAUGAUUGAAUGUUUGAUUUACGUAAAAAAAAAAAGUGAAUUAAUUUGCAUCUCGGAUGCAAAUAAAUGGGAAAUAUCACCACCAACCUAUUGAAAUGGCAUUCGUACACUGUGUAAAUCCUUGGUUACUUGUAUUUGGCAUCUGAAGAUACUUUUAGAACAAAUACAUAUACCACCAUGACUCAUACCCACCUCUGCCAAAGCACAACAGUAUUUCUGUAUAUAUGUAUCCUAUUUUGUGUCUCAACACUUUUUAGGUUUCAAAGUACUGCAUUUCAGUAUCUCCUUAUCUCACAUCGGUAUUUUGUGUUGCAUAAGCCCACUAAUUCAUUACAUUUUCUCUUUACAACUGCCACAGAGUUUCAUUCAUAACCUAUUUUUUUUUUUCUUUUAAGUGGAUUAUCGAAAAGAUGAAAUGUGGGCUGAUGGCAGAUAUGAUUAUGAGCGAAUACCUAGACAUCGUCUUGUGUCACGUGAUGUUCUUCCUGAUGUAAGUAUUUGUCAGGUUUUGCUUCUGAGAGAAUUCUUUGGAAAACAAUGUAUUUCUGGAUCACGUGAUCCGUAUUGGAUUGUACAUAUUAAACAUUAUAUUUUUAUUACAUCAGGAUAUGUAUUGUAUAAUUCAUAACCAUAUAUUUCUCAAAUUGUACUGCAUGGGUACAGUCAUGUGCAUUAGCUAAGCCUCCAAGCUGUUUAAGGUAAUGUAUGAGUUUGUAUUUCGUAAGUUGAAUUUUCUUGUGUUGCACAUCUAAUAUUAUACUAGUUGGGAUUUCUUUAUUAAAGGGACACUAUAGUCAACAAAGCUAUUUUAGUUUGGUGAAACAGUUUUUGUGUAUAGAUCAGGCCUUGCCGUCUCACUGUUCAAUUCUGUCAUUUAGGCAUUAAACCACUUUUGUCUCUGUUUAUGCAGCCUUAGCUACACCUCCCCUGGCUGUGACUCUCACAGUCUGUAUGAAAAAAUGGUUUAAUUUUCAAUCAGAUAUUGGCUUACUUUAGAAGUAUUUAUCUUUUCCUCUGUACAUUGACCAUUUAUAACACAGGCUAUUAGUAGAGCAGAAGAUAAGACAAUCUAAGUUAACAUAAUGCACAGUAAAGGAAGUUUAAACAUUAGAUCUCACUUUAAAGGAAGCGCUGGGUAAAUCAGGUGAUUUGCUCCUAAAUUGCAGAUAAUUGAGCAGUGAGACUCCAGGGGCAUGAUCUUUACACAAAAACUGCCUCAUUAACCUUAAGUUGUUUUGGUUACUGUGGCGAAACCGACCUCGCCACUGGGAAUUGGAGAAGACUGAUUGCCAGCCUCCUGCCCUGUGACUAUGUCCCCAUGUUGAAAUGCUGGAUUUUCCCCUGCAAAGACCUGAAAACCGGGUCAUUCGGUACUUUCCCUAUGUGAGCAGUGUUACCCCAGAUAGCUAUGCCAUGGAGCCCAUUCGUAUAACGAAAGACUAUGUGAAAGACUUUGGCUCCAUGGCAAUUGAACUGAAUGUAUGUGAUCUGAGCGCCAUUCAGUAAUAAUUUGCGCUCAGAUCGAAGCUAUCUAGGGAUAUGUUGCAUGUCUGUAUUUUAUGUAAUAAAUGUAACCUUGUGUAUUUUAUUGUAUUUUACUGUCUUGUACUGCCAUGUGGUUAAUGGAGUUUUGCCUCUGUCCUUGGAGAUAAUUGGAUUACUUCCCAAUUAUCUCCAGGAUAGAAGACUCUGUGGAACUGGUUUUGGGCAGGAAAAACCAUGCUUCAUUUGGUCAAAUAGGACUUUCCCUUAACUUUUUAACCCCUGAACCGAUUGCCCUGAUUUUUGUAUAUGUAUAUAUUUUAAGCAUGCAGAUUCUGAAUAUGUAAUUUUUAUGAAGAUUGGACGUAUAUUUUUAAAGUUAUAGCACAUGUAUAAAAACUGUAUUUUUCCUGCUUGUGAUAAUUAUGUUAACCCAUUGUGUAACAUAAUUAUAUCACAGGCAGAGGGGAGGAUUUUGUGUAUAAUUGCUGGGAGUGUUUUCUGUAAUGUAUGUGUGUUAUUGGUUGUUCUGUAAAACCCUGUAGGCAGUACUAGGUUUGUGGAUUGGGAAUAAAAGAGGCUGUAUGUGCCAGUACAGUCAGUUCUGCUUGACCUCAAAACGAAGUGUCGUCUCGUUAUUGGGGGAGUUGGAUUGUAUGCUGAUUGCCCGGAGUGUAAGCUGAUUGUAUGCUUUUCCUGUUCAGCUGUUUACAGCAUUCAUAUGCUUGAGAGCAUUCAUAUGCUUCUCCGGUUUGAUGGUUGUGGUGUCUGCUGCAGUGCUUGGAGUCCUCAGGAAGCGCUAGGAGCAUCCUUCAACGGAGGUACCCAGUCGGGGUGCCAGGUGAUCCGUUACAGUUACUAUAAUGUCCAUUUUAAUGACACAUUGUGGUAAAUAGAAAGCAAAAUCUAAAAUAGCCAAUGUAAAAAAUUCUCCAUCCCAGCUAAUUUACCAACUUGACUAUUUUGGCCUAAGUUUACAAAUUUUACAGCCCCCAUUCCCUCUUGUUUUAAACAGAUCUGUCAAAUGCUCAUCAGCCAUUAAGAGGAUACCUGUCCAUUAGUGACUUCUCAUGGCAUAGACGCAAAGGAAUUAAAAACACAUUAUUGACAGAAUUAACCCAGGACCUCUCAUGUCUUCUGGAACAUUUUAAUUAAUGUUGGUUCACUUUUAAAGGCAUAAGUGUUAUAUAUGUACUUGGAUAUUCUUCUAUCUUGCAACACAGAGAAAAUGCCAGACUGGAGUGUUUAUAUCUCUAUUUACAUUAUUGGACCCCCUCUACCCUAAAACAAAAAGGCGGAGGAGUGUGGGAGCAAGACAGUCCCUCGUCGCAAGUCCUUUCUACCUUUUCUUAGAGCAACACUGAAUCACAGGGCUCCUUUGUGGGAAUUGCUGUUUUGCAUCUGCAAUGAUUCUCACAGAGAAGCAUUGAAUCAAAUGCUUCUGAAUUCAAAGUAUUGCCUUUGUAUGUGUGCUGGGGCAGAACGCAAUCAUGAAGAGGACCCUCCUCUCUGACCGCCAGAUGGGUGCACCCAAGACACAUCUUUAAAGUGGCUCUGUUACCCAGUGGUGACAUUGGCGCUUGAUUUGUGUUGGCUUGGCUUAAUCCUGUACUGUAAAAUAUCUAUAAGAAGCAAUUAAUUGUACGAGUUAGUGGCUCGUUGUAAACCAUUUAAUGUAAUUUUACAGCGCAAAUGUGGUGGAUGGUGAUUACAUCUCUAAGGGAACCUGUAGUCCCAAAAUAAUGAUUGCUUAUUGGUUCCCUUUAAAUUUGUAUGUUUAUGAUUUAAGAAAGGUGGGGGCCUCUCUCUAUUUUUUCUUAGUUGGUGUGCGCAGAAAUUUUGUCUUGUGCAAAUAUUUUUUUCUCAAUCCAAAGUGUUAUGUGCACUGAAUGUAAACCUGAAAUAAUUUCUUGAUAAUUAUGGUACAGCGCAGCGCCUCUCUCAUGGUUUAUAACACUACAUUACAGUAGUACUAAGUGAUAAUGUAGUAUUAGUAGUUGCAUAAAAUAUUACUGUAAUGUCAGCCAUUUAGACAGACAAGCCUUUGCUAAUGCCCAAUUUGGACUGUUAGACUGUCCAUCAAAAGCAAUAGCGGGGAACUGCACAGACAAGGAGACACACAAUAAACAUUUUUCAAGAAAAAAAAUUCCAGCUUGUUUCAUAUCUACUUUGCCACGAAACUUCAGCUCCACCUUCACCACAAUAGCAAUUUAAUCCAUAGCGUUUGGAUUGUUCCUUUAGACGAUUUAGAGUUUUUGUUUGAUCACUGUCUCUUUUUUUUGUCUCCGCGUGUUAAAUAGCUAUAACAGUUCUUUGCACUAGCAUAUAUUAUAAUAAAAAUGUAUAUUUUUUGCAGCGUUUUUAGAAAGUGUGCAGCUUAUUUUAUUAAUUUUAACAAAUUAAUUACAUAUUUGAAUUUUUUUUUUUACAUGUACAUUCAAAAGUAUUAUAUAAAGAAUAUAAAGCUAGCUUGCAUUUCCUUUAUGCAAUGCUCUCCUUGUCCAUCUGGACCAAAAAAAAAAAAAACAAUAAUGCAUGGAGCACCCACAGCUCAUCUAAAUCUCGUCUUCUGCUGGCAUCACAUGAUCUGGUUCUGCUGGCAUCACGUGACCUCGUAGCCAUUUUUAAAAGUAACUGUUGCUGAGUAUUUGAGUAGACGUCAUGCAGUCAGCAAGGCCUCUCAAUCUAAAUAAACUGUCAAACAUUAUAGAGGUAAUUAUACCUAAACUCGCAAUAGAUUGCUCAGAGGUCAUUAUUAUUUAUCUAUUGUUGGCAUUGUUCUAAUGUACUUGAAUUAUCUCAUGAAAGGGCUAUCUAACCAUUUAGGGGUUUUUGAAUAUUUUUUUUUUUUUUGUCCUUGGAGUGUGGUGAACUAAACUUGCAACAAAAUAUCGUACUCCUGGUAGGGUCGAUAACAUUUUUUUUUUUUUUAAAUAAAAUGAUACUGUCUACCUUGGCAUGGGCACAAAAAUUAGUGGAUGAUAAACAGCCCCAUGACAUACACCACCACACUGGACAUGAGGUCCUUUUCUGAAGUUUUUAUUUCCUUUGGCCAGAAACGCUACAAAUGCAGGCAUUUGUAUCAUAGCAAUGCUUUUUUUUUUUUUUUUUUAAUGUCAAUUAGCCUAUGAUGUGCAGUUUGUAUCAGUUGUCCUGGAAUUCUUUUACAUUUGAUUGUUACUCAUGGAUGUGGAAACAUUUUGAAAGUAACUUAAAAUUUUAGGGUUGACUCCCAUGUUAGGCUAGAUUGCAGCAAAAUCAAUUCUUAUUAAGAAAUUUAGAAAUUGUUAUUGUAUUUAUAACAACUGUUAAUGCCAAGAUGAAGUUUUAUUCUGGUUUUAACUGUUUUGGCCUCAUUUUAAAAAUGGUCUUUCACCGUUCAGAAUUUACAAUUUGGUACUGGAAGAUCAAAAAAUGAAAAUCUAUAAUUUAAAGUAGUAUCUUACACAUUCCUAUAACUGUCAAUUUAUAUUUGGAAUAUGAGAAAUGAUUGCCCAACGUAUUUUAAUAGUACUUGAAACCGAACACUGAUAGUGAUUCUUCUCUUCCUUUGUGUAUGGAAGUUGACCUGUUUAUUUUUGGGAACAUUUGCUCAAUAAGGGGUUAAUAAGAUCUUGUGGACAGUAAUCCAUUAAAUAAGUUUCUGGAGCUCAUAAUCAUGCUUGCAUAUUAGAGAAGGAAAAGCUGCAGCAAUGAAUUACAUUUUAUAUUAUGAGCUGAAACUAAUGUUAACAAAAAAUAUCCCAGUAUAGGAAAUUAUCUGGGUUAUGUGUGACAGUAUACAGAGAGUUAAAGGGACACUAUAGUCACCCAGACCACUUCAGCUCAGUGACGUGGUCUGGGUGCCAGGUCCCUCAGGUUUUAAUCCUUUACAUGUAAACAUAGCAGUUUCAGAGAAACUGCUAUGUUUACAAAUGGGGUUAAUCCAACCUCUAGUGGCUGUCUUCCGGACAGCCGCUAGAGGCGCAUCUGCAAUGCUAAAGGUGAAUUUCGCCUCCAUCACGCAGAGCGUCCAUAGGAAAGCAUUGAGAAAUGCUUUCCUGUAGACACUUUGAAUGUGCGCGUGGCACUUGCCGCGCAUGCGCAUUUGGCUCCAGUGACAUCGGACGGGGGAGCUGACGUCGGAGUGGGAGAUUAAGGUAAGCUGCUGAAGGGGUUUUAACCCCUUCAGCGCCACCGGAGUGGGACCCGGAGGGUGGGGGGACCCUCAGGGCUCUAUAGUGUCAGGAAAACCGCUUUGUUUUCCUGACACUAUAGUAAUCCUUUAAGAAAUACUCUGAAAAUAUUGACUUCAUACUAUUUCAAAGGGACACUAUAGUCACCAGAACAAAUACAGCUUAUUGUAAUUGUUCUGGUGAGUAUAAUCAUUCCCUUCAGGUUUUUUGUAGUAAACACUGUUUGUUUGUUUGUUUGUUUGUUUUUUUUCUUUUUUGUUUAAGAGAAAAUACAAUGUUUACAUUACAGCCUAGGGAUACCUCCACAGGCCACUCCUCAGAUGGCUACUAAAGGUGCUUCCUGGUGCAAUGCUGCACAGUGUGACUGACAUUCAGUGUCUCCACCCUCUGCAUGGAGACACUGAACUUUCCUCAUAGAGAUUCAUAGAUUCAAUGCAUUUCUAUGAGUAGAUGCUGAUUGGCCAGGGCUUUGUUUGGCUUCUGCUGGCUCUGCCCCUGAUCUGCUUAUGACAAUCUCAGCCAACCAAAUGCUUUGCUACGGGAAAGCAUUAUUGGCUCAGAACACCACUUCUGAUGAUAUCAGCCAAGCAGGCAGAUCAGGGGCAGAGCCAGCAGCAGCAGACUGAAAUAAAAGUAACAUUUUGAUAUAUUUAGGGAGACCAGGGGGGGCUACAUGGUGGUUCUAACACUAUAGGGUCAGGAAUACAUGUUUGUGUUCUUAACCCUAUAGUGUUCCUUUAAAGUAAAGAGAAUAAGGUUCCUUUUAUCGAACAUGGAUUAAAUGAGAGUAAAUGCAUACUUUUCCUUUAGUGACCAUAGUUUUCUUUUGUUGACUAUAGUUCAGGUUAAAGUUUGCCCCCCCCUCUCUUCCUUCAGGUGAAUGUACUACCUUUUCUGUAUUUGGUGCCCAUUCGUUAUAUUUUAUGUAUUAUAGAAAUUUGCAAUUCCCUUUUCAGGUUUUUGCAGUUUCCCAUUAGUAAAUAGCCCUGUAUGUCUAGAUUAGCUGUCUCAAAUUGAACCAAAAUCUGUAACUGAAAAGUUUGUGAUUUUUCUGUGUUCUCCAACCAAUUCCUCACUAAGUCUGGAAACAUUAUGUGCUUAAAUCUAGUGAGUAUCAUGCCUCAAAAACAUGUACUUCAAAAUUGGUCCCUUUGUAUAGACCCCAAGACCUCAACUUGUUGAGUAUGCAAGAAUAAAAAAAACUGUAUUUCAUGUAAUGGCUGAAAGACUUAUCAGGUAGAAAAAAUGGUUCCAUUACCUCAAUUUGGUUUGAGAUUACUGUACUUAAAGGAAUAUUAUAGUGCCAGAAAUACAAAGCUGUAUUCCUGGCACUAUUGCUCCCCUUGCCUCUCCCCCCCUGCCUGUGUAAAUGAAGUGUUAAAAACACUUUGUUACCUUACCUGAUCCCAGCAUCGAUGCUCCACCCCUCCAACGUCCUGCGAUGAGCUGGUGCUAAUCCUCAUGUGCUGCAAAUGCCGAAAGCGCGCAUUGGACCUCCCCAUAGGAAAGCACUGAAUCAUUGAUUAUACCUAUGGGGAACAAUCUGACGCUGGGUGUCCUCAUGCAGAGGUCUGUUUCUAUCCAGGAAGCCCUCUAGUGGCUGCUUUGUAGACAGCCACUAGAGGCUGACAUAGUGCUGCAAUGUAAGAGAAACUGCAAUGCUUAACAUUGCAGCACUAGGUGCAAAAGGGACCCUGUACUCAGACCACUAAAAUGAGCUCAUGCUGUCUGGGUGCCUACAAUGUCUCUUUACAUUAUUUCUGUAAUAGAACUAUUUUCCAUUUUGUCCAUUUUCAUACUGGUGCCUGAGGGAAGGGACAGAUAACUAAAUCUGUUUUCCUGUUCCCUACAUUUUCUGGUCUUCAUUUCAUGGCAGAUAAAACUUCUGGGAGCUGUAUCAUCUUAGUACUCCUUCUAGGAGUACAAAGGUGUGAUUUUGGAAGUUCACUUGAUGCCAUGGAAUCUUUAAAAAAAAUAAAAAAAAUAAAAAUAUUCUUGUCAAUGCACAGUAGAGGCCUAUCACAUGGCAGUGUGCAUUUUGAAAAAUCUUCUACAUGCUUCACACACUCAGACACAGUAAUAAAUAUACAGGCACAAACCCUAGGUAUACAAACUUACACACGCGAUCAUUUCAAAAUAGUCACACAUUAUAAAAAGUUUUUUUUUGUUUUUUUUUCAUAUAGUAAUUUUAAAGUGACACUAUAGUUACCAAAACAACUUUAGCUCAAUUAAGCAGUUUUGUGUAAAUCAUACUGCAGUUUCACUGCCCAAUUCUCUUCCAUCUACUAGUUAAAGGGACACUAUAGUCACCCAGACCACUUCAGUUCAAUGAAGUGGUCUGGGUGCCAGGUCCCUCAGGUUUUAACCCUGCUAUGUAAACAUAGUAGUUUCAGAGAAACUGCUUUGUUUACAUAGCAGGGUUAGUCCAACCUCUAGUGGCUGUCUUCCUGAAAUUCGUAUCCAGCGAGCAGAACGUCCAUAGGAAAGCAUUGAGAAAUGCUUUCCUAUGGACUGAUAGCCAGAGCUCACGGCUCUGGCUCGGGAGCUGACUUCAGGGAGAUGAGGUCACCAGCGCCGAGGGAGCCCGGCGCUGGAUUAAGGUAAGUGGCUGAAGGGGUUUAUAAUUCCUUCAGCACCACGGGAGGGAGACUGUGAGGGUCCCCGAGGAUUACAUAGUGUCAGGAAAACAAGUUUGUUUUCCUGACACUAUAGUGAUCCUUUAAAUCACUUUGUUUAUACAGCUAUAGUAACAUCUCCCCGUAUGUGACUUGCACUUCCUUCCUAAACACUUCCUGCAAUGUGAUAUGUAAUGUUUAAACUUCCUACACUAUAGUGAUCCUUUAAAUCACUUUGUUUAUACAGCUAUAGUAACAUCUCCCUGUAUGUGACUUGCACUUCCUUCCUAAACACUUCCUGCAAUGUGAUAUGUAAUGUUUAAACUUCCUACACUAUAGUGAUCCUUUAAAUCACUUUGUUUAUACAGCUAUAGUAACAUCUCCCUGUAUGUGACUUGCACUUCCUUCCUAAACACUUCCUGCAAUGUGAUAUGUAAUGUUUAAACUUCCUUUAUUGCUCAAUUUGUUUAAUUAAGAAUUUAUCUCCUGCUUUGUUAAUGGCUUGCUAUACCCUGCAGGAGCAUCGUGUGUGUGUGAUCAGAGUUCUAUUUUCAAAUCUUUAAAGCAAGUUAACAUCUGAUUGAAAAUGAAAGGGUUUUUAUUUUCAUGUAGGCUAUGUGAGUCACAGCCAUGGGAGGUGUGGCUAGGUUUGCAACAGAAACAAAUGUAAUUUAACUACUUAAUGCCAGAGAAUUGAGCAGUAAGACUUCAGGGCAUGAUUUAUACACAAAAACUGUUUCAUUACGCAAAAGUUGUUCUGAUGCCUAUAGUCUUUCAGGAUUUUAUCCACCUUCCACCUUCCAAAGGUGUUUUUUUUUAUUUAUUUAUUUUUAUUCACUUUUGUUACUCCUUGUAAUUGUAAUAUGGUAAAGUAUUGGACAUGCACCUUGCAUCCACUUUUGUUGCUAAGCGUGUUUUGUAAAGGCAUUUAAAAAAAAAUAAUAAUUGGUGCUGCUAUAAGACAGCCUGGAACAUCUUGCUCCUGUUUGUCAAACUCAAUUUGUGUGUGUGUGUGUGUGUGUGUGUGUGUGUGUAAGUGUAAUUCUGUGUUUAAAAUAUUUACAAACUUUGAGUGGAGUUCAUGUGGGGUGUUUGCCUUUGGGGCAAAAUGGGAAUUGUUGAUGCAAACUAAUUUGCAUUGUGUACUAGACAGUCUCAAACUGUGCUCACUGCUCUCACGUCUCCAAUAUAUAGACUCUUUAAUCCUCUUAAUCAUUUUCUCGGUAGGAGCCUGCUACCCCUGAGCCCACUCUUGGCCCAAAGUAAUCCAACAAAGAUAAAAUUUGAAUGAGACUUUAAAAUAGACUUUAUUGCUUCAAUCAAGUUAAAAUGGCAAGAUUACAGCUAGUGCCUUAAUCAUGUUAUAUGAUUUAAGGCACUGACUGAAACAUUCGGGCUUAAUCACUAAAGUGAGAUUUCACCAAAGCGAAAUUAAAAUUUAAGGUCAAAAAAGCAGAACUGAAAAUAAUUUGUGUAUGCUUUCAGUUUAGCUACUCUGGCCUUAAAUUUGAAAUCAUGGCGAAGUGUCACUUUAGUGAAUAAACCUAUUUGUUAUUGUUUUAACCUGAAUGCGACAAAGUCUACUUAAACAGUAAACAGGUCAAGCCUUUUCCAAAAUGUAUCCUUAUUGUAUUGUGUCCUGCCUGUUUUGUUUGUUUUUUUGUAAUUUUUUUUUUACAUGAAUACAUUCAGCUGUAUUCUGUUUAUUUUCUUUAAGUGUUUGUCUCUGCAGGGAGAAUAUCAUAGGGUGGUAAAUGUGGUUAAUCACAGAAGGGCAGAAGAUGAAACGUAUCCUCGCUACGAAGAAUAUGGUGAACCAGAUUACAGAGAUUAUGAAGAGGGACAUGGCUACAGUGCUGAAAGACGCGGGGGGCUUUACAGAGGGGUAUGUACAUCGGGUAUUUUUAGCGCUUAAGGAAAAUUUGUACAUAAAGCAAGCUAAAUAAAUUCUUCUUUGUGUGUGUGUGAUUUUUUUUUUUUUUUUUUUUUUAAUUUGGUGUCUAAAAACGUGCUUAAAGUGUAUUUAUUUUUAACCACAGACCCUUUUGAGAAGUUGAUAUUAAUAUAUGAAUAUCAGAGUUUCCUUUUCUUCCUUUUGCUGCUGAGAUGCUCCCCAACUUUGCAGCUCUUCUCUUCCACCUUUUUCGGCACACAACCCCCACAGCCGUCUGCAACUAUGAUUCCCUAAUUUAGCUCCAUUGUACAUAACCACCAUGAGCGCAAGUGGCUUAGAAAAACUUUUUGUUUUGAUGUGCAGAGUAAAACAUACAAUUGAGUAUAUAUGACCAUACGAGGAUAUGGUUAUGACUUAAUUUUAAUAAUACGGCAUGAUUUAUAUUAAAGGGUAAGUGUGAGUCAGGUCAGGAACUGAAGAAUAAAGGCUUGGCAUGUUAGCUGAUUAGACAUCAGAGAACACCCAAGGAAAGCGAGUCGGGCUAGGUCACAUAACUAUAAAACACAGCAAGUUCCCCAGGAGGUCCACACUUGGCUUAGCUGCUCCCUGUUUGCUUUACAACUUCAAACUUGCUGUAAUAUUAGUUUUAUUUUAUAUGCUUUUAUUACAGAUAAAUCUAUGCCAUUCUUCAAAAACACCAAAUCUAAAAACUACUUGUAUAUCAUGCAUUUCAUUCUAUUUGUUACUUUCAAAGUACUUUUGUAUAGUUACAUGUAAUAAUAGGCUCAAUAGCCUUUCACAUAUCUCCAUUUCUGCUUUUGUUCCCCCUGGUACCAUUGCUUGAUGAGUAGUCAUAACCGUUUUUAAACACCUUGACAAUUACCCAUUUAGUACAGCCUGCUUUUCUGGUAGCACUAAAGAAGUAGUUAAUCUUCUGCAUUAGUGAUCCCACUUCCAUCUGUGUUUGGAUGGAUUUAAUAGGCAGAAAGUGUCAGCUGUCACUCUCAACCAAUUCAUUUAAUCUAAACUUGGAUGAAAUUGAUAAAUCUAUUGCGGAAAUUGAAUUUCUGCUGGAGAUAUAGCAGAAAUGAAGGCUAGACUUGAGGCACCUGGGGGAUCCAGGUAACUGUCAAGCAGUCCUAAAGCCAUUUGUCACCAAGGGGCGCUUGGCACCAUUGCAACUUAAGUGGUUAUGAUGGUUAGAUGGUCUCUUUAAAGAUAGACCGGGAAAGCAAGCUGCAAACUCUUACCUGCCCCAGUCAGCAGAAUCCACCCUCCUGCAUAGGAAACUGGAGUGUAGCUAAAAUCGGGGGUGGGGGGAGGGGGGGGUUUAUUGAGGAAAACAUUUGAUUCUUUGUUAAACUAAUUUGCAUAUGCCCCCCCAAAAUCCUUUGCAGUUGUAACAUCACUGCAGAUUUGGGAUUUCCGUGGGAAAAGCAAGUCUUAUGGCUUGACUGGUGUGCAGAUUUUUGUUUAACAUUGUAUUAAACACACACACACACACACACACACACACCCCAUGUUUUUACCAAACUUUAACACUUUUCUGCUUGCGUAUUCCCCCUUUUUACUAUCAAGCUGUCCAUAGUUGAAAUUUUAUAAAUAUGUAGUUUUUGUUCUUCUAAUUCAGGAUAGUCCAGGAUACAGAUGGCAAAGAGGUGACCCCCACAUGAGCAGACAGCCUGAAUACAGGUAAACUUGUAAUUUACUUUUCAUUACUAAUUUUCUAUCAGUAAUAACUUACAUGGUGUUUUCUUGGAUUUGGAAAAUUUGAUUAAAAGUGUUAUUUAUUACUCCUAUGCACAUAACUAUUAAUACAUUAAAAUAUUUUUUUCUAUAAUUUUUUUUUUUUUUUUUUUUUUAAAGUAAGCCUUCCCCACAAACACCAUAAGCAAUGAAUAUAUAACUUAUAAUACUGGUAAUUUAAAUGCUUAGUUGCUAAUUUUCCUAUGAAUCCACUUGUUACCUUCAUCUCCACCAUAUUCCGAAUUCCUGGUUGAUAGAAUAAAAUCCCCAAACUGCAUACAUCCUACCUCUCUGUCAUAAGACCCUGCUUGCGAUCACUUCCCCAUAUAAGCACCUCUCCUUUAUGUUAGCAUGCUGGCUUUAACACAAGUCCUUUGACAAUUGAAAUCCGUCACACUGGUUCAAUAUUUCUCUAUUCUCAUGCACACCAAGGAAGUGCCGUAAGUACCAAAGUAGCAUUGCAGAUAGGGUCUGGACUGUGCAUUGGGCUGCAGUGUCUAUGGGGCAAUGCUACCCCAUUUAAGUUCAGAGAGGAGGCUCUUCAGCUGGUGGGAAGGCCAGCCCAGUGCAACACUAGCUGCCCAGGGAGCUUGUAGUUUGCACCUUGUACAGAAGUGUUGCAUUCUACUUUAUUUGUUUUAAACUCAAUGCCCAAAUAUUUUAUAUCAUUUACAUCCUUUUUAAUGCUGUGUGUUGCUGUACUAACGGCAAGAGUAAAUAUGGGUCAAGCAGCCCGCCGGGUCCGCUCCUGCCAGAGAGCAGUAUAGGGCCCGGCGGGCGUGUAUCGUUGCGGCGGCAUUCCCACAUCGCAAGUGGAAUGCCAUCGAAUACUCACCCGGUCUCCAGGCACCCGCCGGGUCCACUCCUGCCUGGGAGCGGACUGGGACCCGGCAGGCGCAUCUCAUUGUGGCGGCAUUCCCACAUGGUUAUGAGCAUGCCGCCUAUCACUUACCUCCUCCUGUGAUGCCUGCUGUCCUCUGAUAGGCACUUCUCCCCUCACACAGCGUUCGGGUCUGUAAUCAUUAGAGACACCGGCCGCUGCAAGUAAGAACCUUUUAAGGUUCUUAUUUAACCCUUUGAGUGCCUAACUUGGGAAACGUGUGUGUGUGUGUGUGUGUUCACUGUCACAUGCUUCCCUGUACCCAAUCAAGGAGCACCUUAGGCUAUUUAAACCUUUUUCCUUCAUUUCUCUGUGCCCUGUCGUGGUUUCCAUUUUGGUUAUCAGAGAGCGUGUUUCUGGUAUUGUUUCUAGUGUAUUUUGACCUUGGCUUGGCUCCUGACAAUUCUGACUUCUAUAUUCCUUGACCUUUGGCUUUCUUUACCUCAGCCUGUCUUGUGUUUUUCCUUUCAUUCGUUAAAUCCGGCAGUUCUAAGGCCCGGUAAUACGUCUUACGGUUUUCUUUAUUUUUUUACUUAAGUUCUGCGUGUUGGGCAUAGUAUUUUAUCCUGACCAUGUGUUGGUGCUGUAAUAUUCAUAAUAAAUAGCCGUAUAAAGUGCUACUUCAUAUGAGCCGUGAGGAAUUUCUUUGAAACUCAGAUUGUUGUUUUCGUUCCAGUGACGUCCAGUGGUCAUUUAAGCUAACUGCAGUUGCCAUCAUAGGUAUAACCACUACAAUGUGGAUUUCUUUAGCUUUUCAGGCUGUGUGUAAUCUUAACAGUAAUGAAUAAUUGUGUGAGAGAUUUGCAAAAUAUUACAUCUGAUAAAACACCACUGAAAGGAGUGCAAAUUAUAUUGAUCAGUGUUAUAGAAAUGGCUAAUGCAUUGUUACCCUGGCGGUAACAGAUAAUUAACUAUUAGUAUGACUAUUAGUUAUAAAGUUUAAACACAUUCUACAGUGCUGUACAAAUAGGUGCAUUAGCAAACAAAUAGUUUCAACUAAUCGGUUUGGACGUAUAAGAACAGAAGUUAGUGAGGGUCCUGUUUAAGUGAACUUAACGUGUAAAUUCUAAUGCUACAUGAAUAAUGUCAUGAUCUAGCACAUUUUUAUUUAUUAUUUUAUUUUUUUAAGGAGACUUGCAUUUGCAUAUAACUAAUGUUUCAGUUGUGCGCUCUCAGUUAAUUAUUUAUUCACCAUAACGAUUUGUAUUUUGUGUGGUUUGAGUGACACACACAAGGUGAUUGGAGCACCUUCCUUCAAUUUUAUCUUUCUAUUCAUUGUUUUAUAUUAGUUGUAAUACUCUAACCUGAAUUAAUAUAUAGAAAUAGUUUACGAGCUAAGACUAUUCCAGAGCGGAGAGUAUCUUAAAAAGCAACAGGGAGAUGAAAAACAGUUUUAAUUUUUAUUUUUUUUAAAUGGUUGUGAGCAGAACGAUUCAGGAUAUGUGCUAAAAUGUUAAAAAAAUGUUACUGAAAAUAUUGUUGGCCCUUCUCAAACUGGAAGUCAUCAGAGUGAAUUUGUACCCACCAGUAGGUUGUAGUUGUGGUAAACUCUUUUUGUUGUGUGGAACUGUAUUUUUGUCUUUGUGCAAUCAGAAGUGAAGGUUCGAGGCUGACAUUUGCUUUUCAGUGUGUUUCUUGUUGCCAGUAAAGAUACUUUUCUUUUUCUUAUACAAUGCUGUAUGGUUAAUGUAAUUGAUGUCAUAUUCCCUUUGAAAUUUUGUUAUAUCACGAUUACGAGCUGGAAUAGAGGAACUUUGUGCAUUUUGGAAUUUUAAGGCAACUAAGGUGUGAAUUGCCACUGUGCCAAAAGGCAGCCGUCUAGGACUUGCCAUAAGGAGGCAUGAAGUUUUAUAAGUGUGACAGUAGAGGGAGCAAUAGGACUCUGUACUAAACAAGCAUGCUUUUUUUUUUUCUACCUGACAAAUGCAACAGUGGAGUUGUGUUCAUACUGGUAUCUCAUGUUUACUGUUUCUUGAAGUGAAUUGGGAAACUAGCAGUGCAAGAAUAUAAGAUCUAAGCCCCUGUGGUUCUAAUUAUAAUUUAUAUAGUAUAGAGCUAUACAUUGGCAUUAUUUGACAGGCAAAAAUAAGGUUGUCAGGAGGUGAGAGAGGCCUUGCUUGAAAUGUUAUUCACCGGGUUCUAUAAGAUUAUUUCCUGUUCUCUAUGAUGUAAGAUAUUUAGUGGCUCUAUAAAGGUUUUUAUAUAUCUGCAAUGUUUGUUUUUGUUUUGUUAAAUAUCAAUAUCCAAAUACUGUGUGGUGGAAAAACAAGCAAGUUGGAACAUAACAUUAAUCUGUGCAAAGUUACGAAGUGCUUUUAGUGUUAAGCUGACUACAAGCCUAGGAGGAAAUCUAUUCAAUAUAAAAAUAAAUGCAGAGUCGACUCGCACGUAAAGCAGUUACACAUGGAAUCAUUUAUGCAAAUGAGUAAAACUGCCUCCACAUUUAGAUAUAUCCCUUUCUGCUGCCUAGUAUAGAGUUCACAGAACAGAAAGCCUUGUACGAGAGUGUUCUAAAGUCCACUAGGAAGUAAACUGCUGUAAUGAUGCAGAUUCUUGGUUCUUGUCUCGUAAUAAUGUGAUAUUAAUGAUCUGGAUUCUCAUGGUGUAAAUUUAAAGCUCUAUACUGCUAAUCAGGCCUUAAGUUACUUGCCAUAGCAUACUCAACAGGGUGAAUUUCUACUCUCUCUCUAGGGCUAAAUCUUCACUAGCCAGUGGCUAAUGGAAAUGUUGAGGCCUGAUUUUAGAGACAUACAAGAACCUUGCAGUUUUUGGUGUAGAGAAAUACCACAUUUUCAGAAAUGGGAUGUAUAUAUUGUUGUGCUGGAAGUGUCCUGUAAGGGCUUUAUUGUGGGCUCCAAUAGGCUGUGCUGACUUUUUUUCUAUUAUUUAUAAUUGGUUAACUCACUGGUACCCAAACCUGUCCUCAAGGCACCCCCUACCAGUGCAGGAUUUAGGGAUUACCUGUUGUCUAAGUGUGUUUUUUGUUUUGUUUUUUUUAAACAUCUGGGUAAUCUCUAAAUCCUUGACUGGGUUAACCAACCCUUUUGCUUGACUGUUUCUGGCAGUGUGUUUUAACAUUACCACUUUACUUAUAUCUAAAGUACAUUUCAUUUGAGGCUGACUGAGCAUCAUGGGAAAUGUAGUUCAGAAACAUGUAGGGCUACUGAUCUAUCAUAAUCAUGCAGCACUUAAAGGGACACCCGAGAAAGAAACCUAGUUCUCAUUGUAGAACUGUAAAUCUUAAAGGGUUUCUCCAACCGCCAUGAUCACUUCUGCUUUUAGAAGUGGUCAUAAUGGUGGUUAGGAUCUUCACAUACAGAUUAAUCUGCACUUUUGUGCCGGGUGCUAGAUAUACCGUAUAUACUCGAGUAUAAGCCGAGUUUUUCAGCACAUUUUUUGUGCUGAAAAACCCCAACUCGGCUUAUACUCGAGUCACUGUCUGUAUUAUGGCAAUCUACAUUAAUUUACAUUGCCAUAAUACAGACUGGGGGCUGGCAGAGCUGUUACUUACCUCUCCUGCAGCUCCUGCCAGCUCUCUCCUCCUCCGCGCCGGUCCGGUCAGCACCUCGGUCAGCUCCCAGUGUAAGUCUCGCGAGAGCCGCGGGGUCAUAGUGCGGCUCUCGCGAGACUUACAGUGUGAGCUGACCGAGGUGCUGCACGGACCGGCGCGGAGGAGGAGAGAGCUGACAGGAGCUGCAGGAGAGGUAAGUAACAGCUCUGCCAGCCCCCCUCCUCCCCCCACUGAACUGCCAAUGCCACUGGACCACCAGGGAAGGAGAGCCCCCCUCCCUGCCAUGUAUCAAGCAGGGAGGGGGGGACAACAAAAUAAAUAGAUUCAUAAUAAAAUAAUAUUAAAAAUAAUAAUAAAAUAAAAUAAUAUAACAAAAAAAAAUUAAAAUAAUAAUUUAUUUUUUUUAUAAAAAUGCCCACCCCCCCACCAAGGCUCUGCAACACACACACUGCACUCACACACACACACACCACUCACACACACACACUGCACUCACACACACACACUGCACUCACACACACACACUGCACUCCCACACACACACACACUGCACUCCACACACACACACUGCACUCACACACACACACACACUCACACACUGCCUCACACACACACACACACACUGCACUCACACACACACUGCACUCCACACACACACACACUGCACUCACACACACACACACACUGCACUCCCACACACCACACACACUGCACUCACACACACACACACACACUGCACUCACACACACACACACACUGCACUCACACACACACACACACACUGCACUCACACACACACACACACACACUGCACUCCACACCCACACACUGCACUCACACACACACACACACACACUGCUACUUUGCUCCACACACACACACACACACUGCACUCCACACACACACACACUGCACACACACACACACACACCACACUGCACUCACACACACACACACACACACACACACUGCACUCCCACCUGAUGCACUCAUGCACUCAUACACACACUGCACUCAUGCACUCAUACACACACUGCACUCAUGCACUCCACACACACACACUGCACUCAUGCACUCACACACACACACUGCACUCAUACACACACACACACACUGCACUCAUACACACACACACACACUGCACUCAUACACACACACACACACUGCACUCAUACACACACUGCAUUUAUGCACACACACUGCGCACUCAUACACACACUGCGCACUCAUACACACACACUGCAUUCAUCAUAUACACACACUGUAAAUAAAUAUUCAAUUAAUAUAAUUUUUUUAGGAUCUAAUUUUAUUUAGAAAUUUACCAGUAGCUGCUGCAUUUCACACCCUAGUCUUAUACUCGAGUCAAUACGUUUUCCCAGUUUUUGGGGGUAAAAUUAGGGGCCUCGGCUUAUAUUCGGGUCGGCUUAUACUCGAGUAUAUACGGUACUCACGGCACAUGUGACCUAGUCAUCUGAGAACAGAGUAGUGCUUAAGCUGUGGAAAAAUUGACUAUCAUUGGCACAUUGUCAAAAGACCUAAUGAGCUCCUACCCUAGCAAACAGUUCUUCUGAUGCCAUAUACCCUGGGAGCAUGCCUGGAUCUCUCCCUGCCCUCCUCACCUCCCUGUAAUAGUUAAUGUGCCUCCGUGGUAUGUCUGUUUUUUUUUAUAAAAUAUUAUUAAAAUUCACUCCACCUGUCCACUCCCUUUCUCCAUUCCCAGCUCAGAGUGUGUGCAUUCGCUAUGAGCUGGUCCAGUCAAAUGCUUCUCCAUUUUGAAGCAUUUGAUUGGCGCACAGAGAUGGAAUGGAGUGAUAUAAGACUGGGCAUGGAAACCAGCGAGGGGAAGUUUAUUGCUAAUUUUACAGAUUUAUUUUAAAACUAGGGUUGAGGCAAAUUAAUAUUUUGUUAAAAAGAGCAUUAUAAGUGAAAGGGGAGAUGCAUUGCCAAAAUGGGUUGGAAUAACCCUUUAGAAACCGCUCAAGAAAAAUAUGCAUGCUUCUCAAGCUAUUUUGUGAAUGUGGAGCUACUUAUUGGCUUAGGGUGUCAGCUGACUUUCUCAGAGAUGCCUUGUCCGAGGCUUCCUGUUACAAGAAUCCCUUCCAUCGGAACUGGUAGAGGUUAACACAGUAAAGGAGUUUAAGCAUGCGUGGGAUAGGCAUAAGGCUAUCCUAACUAUAAGAUAAGGCCAGGGACUAAUGAAAGUAUUUAGAAAAUUGGGCAGACUAGAUGGGCUGAAUGGUUCUUAUCUGCCAUCACAUUCUAUGUUUCUAUAAGAAUCUGUGUGUAGCAGAAUGGCAGCAUCAGAUUUAAACAGCACUGGAUUUAAGUCUUUGGAGUUAAACCAAUCAUGAACCUAUGUCAGGGAUCUCCUGGCACCAUAACAACUCCAUUCUGAUGAACUUGUUCUGGUGCCCCCAGUGUUUCUUUAUGAUGUAGUGAUUUGGGUGCUUAGACUGUUUUCCUUUAAGUGC